UUGCCAACGGGGCUAUUCAGACUGUUCGUUGUUUCCCGUCGACGACUUUCUCUGAGAUAGAGCAGCCAGCAGUCACUCAGACCCAGGACGAUUUUUGAACUCCGAGUGGAAAGAGUCUCUUCACUGCUCUGGUUUCCACAUUUUGACACUAGUCGAGUUUAACUUUUAGUUGAAAGUGCCAGCUGUGUCACAUUCGUCGCCAUGGACCCCGCCAGUCAAGAUAUCAACCUGAACUCUCCUAACAAGGGCCUUGAUGUGGAUCACUCGGACAACCUUUCCGAUGUGCAUGUGGAGGGAGCAGUGAGGAACGCAGCCAACCCCCUUCCACCUGGACUGACAGAGGAAGAGGCUCAGGAGCUUCGCACUGAGCUCACCAAGGUGGAGGAGGAGAUCAACACUCUGCGUCAGGUUUUGUCAGCCAAAGAGAGACAUGCCAUUGAACUGAAGAGGAAACUUGGUCUCAGCCCACUCAAUGAAUUAAAGCAGAAUCUUACCAAAAGCUGGCAAGAUGUGCAGACCUCCAAUGCAUAUCUGUCUGCCUCAGCCACUUUGGAUGACAUUACCCACUCUGAAGCAUACAAGAAGACUCAGGAGACUCUUUCCCAGGCAGGACAGAAAACCAGUGCAGCUCUCACCACAGUGGGCUCAGCCAUCAGCAAGAAGCUGGGUGACAUGAGAGCUCUACCUUUCUCUAAUUCCUUUAGUAGCAACUAUUCCAUUCGCCACUCGAUAAGUAUGCCCGCCAUGAGGAACUCUGCAACCUUCAAAUCAUUUGAAGAUAAGAUGGGGAACCUGAAGGUGAGCACACCCGCACAGUAUAAGGUUGUCGGCCCCAGGGGGAACGAGGAUUCUGUCGGCUCUCCCACUGACACCACCCCCACUCAGGAGAACCCGCCUUUCUGAGCACACCCUGCCUCUUCCUCUUCCUCGCUGCGACCUUCCUACGUGACCUGAGACUAUACUGUUAUCACCUCACAUCGCAGAAUCAGCCUUGACCUUUGACCCUCUACCUUACUGGCUCACCUCACUCACUUACUCACUCAUUUACAUUCCCCAAGUCCUGCAGACGAAAUGAGGGACUUGUGGGUUUUUGAGACAGGACCAUCUUUUUCUGCCAGUCCCACCGUUGCUGGUCCUGUGGCCUCCAUUCCUCUGCCUCGCUGUUCAGGAAAACAGUUUGUUGAUGCAUAAACCUGAAUAAUUUACAGACUUCACCACUUCCUCUUUCAUUAGAUCCUCAACCCCCUACAAAGAUCACUUAAACUGUCAUUUAAACAUGUCACUAUUUCAGCAAGUCACCUGGCUAAAGAACAGGCACGAAAGACACUAAGAAGGUACCAAACUAUUAUUUUAGGCUUGAGGUGUUUUAAAAAUAAGUUUGUCAUGAUAGUUACGGCAUAAUUUUAGAGCUUGACCUUUCACCUCAAAGUGCCUAAAAGCACAGAGUUAACUUUGGUUCGGGAUAAUUUGACCAUGAGCAAAAUUUCUAAUUAAUUGAUUGCACAGCACAUUUCAGUUUAAUCUGGCCAUUACACCGGUCAUUCUGCAUUUGUUUAUUUUGUUUAUGAACCAGGAAAAGUGCAGACUGAGGGUGGAGGAUAAUUUUAUGGGCAUAAGCAACGUUAUUUUCAACUUAAACCUACAAUCUCUGCUUUGUUUUUGACUACUAUCCUCUACGUAAUCAUGCAUUCACACUGUGAACACCUGCUGGUGUUACCACAGUGUCCCCACCUUUCACCCAACUUCCACCCAGUUUGCUUCACAGCUCUGCAGCUGCCAGCGCUGUGAACACAGGCUAUACUCCCAGGUUACAGGGUAGUGGUAUGGCUGGGGGUGGGGGUGGGGGGCUACAACCCAGCAAUCCUCUUAAACCUACUACUGCUACGUGCAUGUGCGUAUCUCAUCUCAGUUGUACCAUAACAACCAUGUGACAAGAGGUCGCGUGUAACAUCCCUAUAAGCAACCCCAGAUGUAAAAACAGAAAAAAAAAAGUUAAACCAUUUUGUAUUAUAAACUAUUUUACACUGCUUUGCAUAAUGUUUUUACAUAACUUUUAUCAAUAUGUACAAAUAUAUAUAUAUAAAUCUAUUGUCACCAACGCUGCCGGAUGAUAGUGUUCCGGUUGGGAGGUUUGGAAGAGGCAAAGGGAGGUGAAACCCAAAAACAAAAAAAUCUGUUUCACACACAUGACUUAUUGUCUGUCUGGAGUUCUAAAAUUAAGAAGGUUCCGUGUUUGUGAGACUGACCAGGCUGCAGUCGUUUUAGAUCCAUCUGGGCACAGGACUGAUCUGACUAAGACGAGAAGGAAUGUUGCGUAACAAACUGGCAGUGUGUUUUGAUCUCAGGCGUAAUACGUAAACAUCAAUCUAAAACUGACCUGAAGCAUUGGAGAUGUUUCAAAACCACGUCGACUGUUUUUCUUUUCACCCUGGUCUGGCUGCUGUCCCCUUUUUUGUGUUGACACAGAACUUGGAUGUGAGGCGAUGAUUUGCUGUGUACACUACCUGGUGAAUGUUGAUGCUUUUCUAUUGGCCUUACUCACUUUAAAAGGUUCACCUCAUAGUAUGAUUUAGCUUGUUGAGUCAAACUUUUCCAUAUGUUCCGUUUUGUUUGUUUUCUAGUUGUACAGGCUGGUUUGAUUGAAGGAAGUUGGCAUAAGAUAUUUAGAGCCUAUGGGGCCACAAAUGUGUCAUAAAAAAAUCUUGCUGCCAUAACAAGCUUUGCCAGCAACCCCUGAUCACACAAUUGCACUCCUGAUAACACACUCAGUGUACACACAGUUCAGGAGGCCAAAAAGAACACACUGUUGCACUUAUUGUUGUACACCUGUACAUUUUCUACACUCACGCCAACCCCUAGCUAUGGUAGAUGUCAAGGCUUCAGAGACGGUGACGGUAAACCUGAGAGCACAGAGUUGUGUAGCAUUGUCACUUUUCUCUUGAAUGUGGAAGAAAGUUGUGUUGUCGUUUUUGUUUGCUGCUCUUUUGCUCAAAGGUCCCUGAUACAAGGGCAACUUUGCCCCCUACUGGUAAAAUGUGCCAGACUUGGUGGAACUACAAAAUGUUCACCUGUGCCAUCCUGACUGUAGGGAUUGAUUUAAGUCUCAAAAUGUUUUCAGUUGCUCUUUAGUUGAAGUGUACUCACUGAUACGCAAAUAUCCCAAUGUUGCCUUUUGUGUUUAGUACAGCCAUAUGCCAUAGGUGGGCGGAUGCUUUAUUGAAGUUCACAAUGAUGAAUUCCAAUUGGAGCAAGUAUUUUAGCCAAAGCUGGAUAGCACUUAUUGUUAGAGCUGCAGAUUAUAAUCGUUUGUGUCAAACAAAACUGACACACACUUAAGGCAACUAAAGUAAUGUGAAGUGAAGUGAAAUGUGCAUUUGAUAAACGAGCCCAAGAUGUUUAAUGAAGGACCUGUACUGCAAUCCAUUAUCAACAACAACAAAAGGUGAACCUUGAGUUGCUUUGGUUGAUGAUGAUGGAUUGUUUUUGAGACUAAAAAAUGACCUCAAACAUCCAGUGUUGCUCUUGUAUCCUGGAUCAAUUUAAUCAAAAAAAGAUGCUAGAAUUUGAGAGAAAUGUACAAUUUAAAAUACUGCUGCGUUUUGGAUCACUAUAUUAUUCAAACCAAAACUUACCAAGAAGGUUAAAAUACGUUUGUAAACCAGUGUAUGAUGUGACACCUGAGAAACAAAGAACAAAAAUGAAUUAAAAAUUAUAACUUAAAAGAAAAACUCCCAGUCAAACUGCUUUAACAAAGUUGCCAGUGUAUCAUAAUUGUAUUGUCUUGUUUUUGUAUGUGUUUAUGUUGAUCAUUUUGGUAGUUAUUAUAUUCUUGUUGAGGGGUGGUUACAUUUUCUUUUGGCUUUCUUUUCAUUGUUGGAGGUGGAUUUAAGAGAAUUUAUUAUUUGUGCAAUUGCUUUACCGUCUUUGAAAAAACUAGCGGCCAAUGUUUGAAACUGUUACAGAAUCCCUGUCUCUGCCUCUAAAUAUCAUGUAUCUGACUAACUGCUUUGCUAAGAUGAGAACACAGACAUGCGUUUCAAGAUGUCUUAGUCCUCAAGUCAUUUUGUAACAUCUGUAGCUGAGAUUGGCACAGCACCCCCCGCGACCCUCUGGUGGAGGAUAAAGCGGUUAGAUGAUGACUGACUGUUCCUAAAAUCACAUAGUUCUGUGUGAAAAAUCAGAAGUGCAAGGACCGUUUUGCUGGGGGAAAUAUUUCUCUGUUGUAAAAUUGUUUUCAAGCCGAAAAGCUAAAUGAAAUGACUUGGGGGUUAUGAUUUUUGAAGUGUAGAUGUCACUUGGGACAUAGAAAGAAGAGGAAAAAUUUAGGUUUUUCUUUGUUUUGGGUGCCAAUGGGGAGUGCAGCACAUGCUGGGGCUGCUCAGAGCCAGCUGCUGCAGAGGCUGGUGCACAGAAAAUUAUACUCAUAGCUUUAUUUAAGUCCACGGCCUAGCUGAUGUAGAUUAUUAAAAGGGAUCUGAUUUGAAAGAUUAUGGUGAAUGAAUUAAAAACAGCUUUUGGUUUUGUUCUUUGUGUUAGGAUAUCAAUAAAGCAUUCCUUUGAAUGACAA